AUGUCGCUCGAGAACUAUACCAAGCUCGAGAAGGGAUCAGGAACCUACGGUGUCGUCUACAAGGCGCGCAAUGUCCAUGAUGGAUCGAUCGUCGCGCUCAAGAAGAUCCGUCUCGAGGCCGAGGACGAGGGUGUGCCCUCUACGUCCAUCCGUGAGAUCUCCAUCCUGAAGGAGCUCAGCAAGGACGACAACAUUGUCAAGCUUUUCGACAUUGUCCACUCUGAUGCCAAGCUCUACCUUGUGUUCGAGUUCCUCGACCUGGACCUGAAGCGCUACAUGGACUCGAUCGGCGACAAGGGCGAGGGCCUUGGCCCCAACAUGGUCAAGAAGUUCUGCUACCAGUUAAUCAAGGGAUUAUACUACUGCCACGCCCACCGCGUCCUGCACCGUGACCUCAAGCCCCAGAACCUCCUCAUCGACAAGGAAGGCAACCUCAAGAUCGCUGAUUUCGGUCUUGCGCGCGCGUUCGGUAUUCCCCUCAGGACGUACACCCACGAGGUUGUUACGCUCUGGUACCGUGCGCCGGAGGUUCUGCUCGGCUCGCGCCACUACAGCACAGCAGUGGACAUGUGGAGUGUCGGGUGCAUCUUCGCCGAGAUGGCGAUGCGCCAGCCCCUCUUCCCGGGCGACUCGGAGAUCGACGAGAUCUUCCGCAUCUUCCGCCUGCUCGGCACGCCAGACGACGAGACGUGGCCCGGCGUCUCGAGCCUGCCCGACUACAAGGCGAGCUUCCCCAAGUGGCACGGCGUCGACCUGAACAAGACGAUCAAGGGACUCGACGCCGACGGCGUCGACCUCCUCGCCCAGACGCUCAUCUAUGACCCCGCGCACCGUAUCUCCGCCAAGCGCGCGCUGCAGCACCCGUACUUUGCCGCUACUGCCUAA